UUUACUUCAGAUAAAAAAAGAGAAACAAUCACUUCCCAAUACACAUAAUUUUUUGUUCACUAGUUCUUUUUCUCCUUCAUGGCUUCCGAAAAUGUCAUUGAAUCAUUCAACAUAUCUUUUGAAACAUGAUCCUGGAUCACUUAUUGCUAAAGUAUCUGUUCUUCCCCUCUUAGUUUUCGAUUAGUAUGUUUUGUCUGACUUCAGAAAGUUAACAUUGACAAAAGUUCACUUUUUGAACUUCAGAGAGUUCAGACUCAUAACUGCUCACAAAGGAACUGCAGAAAGUAGUUAAAGCUUUUCCAUGGGGUAUUUUAACUUGUUAUUGCUGUUAAGUCUUACAUGGAGUUUGACGAUUCCGGGUUCCUAUCAACUGCAAUCCUCACAGGAACAAGUGCUUCUUCAACUAAGGAAGCAUUUGGAGUACCCUAAGCAACUAGAGAUAUGGAACGAUCAUGGCACCGAUUUUUGUUAUAUAACUUCUUCUAUACAAGUGAACAUCUCAUGCCAAGACAAUGUUGUGACUGAGCUCAAAAUCAUGGGUGAUACGCCUUCCAAGGUUAGUAAUUUUGAAGGUUUUGCAAUUGCAAAUCUAACUUUAUCAGAGAACUUUUCUAUGGAUUCUUUUGUCACUACUCUGGAAAGGUUGACAAGCUUGAGAGUUCUUAGUUUGGUAUCUUUGGGAAUUUGGGGUCCACUUCCGGACAAAAUUCAUCGACUGUUUGCACUUGAAUACCUGGACUUGGGUUCCAAUUAUCUCUUUGGUUCAGUUCCUCCUAAAAUCUCUGCAAUGGUGAAGCUUCAAACUCUUAAGUUGGAUGACAAUUUCUUCAAUGAUACAAUCCCCAAUUGGUUUGAUUCUCUCUCUAAUCUGACAUUUCUAAGCUUGAGAAAUAACAGAUUAAAGGGUCCAUUUCCAUCUUCAAUAAGGCAUAUGACCACUCUCACUGAUCUUGUUUUAUCUGUGAAUGAAAUAUCUGGGAGAUUACCAGAUCUCAGUGGCCUAAGUAGCUUAAAUGUGCUGGACUUGAGUGAAAACAAAUUAGAUUCUGAUCUACCUGCGUUGCCAAGAGGACUGGUCAUGGCCUUUCUCAGUAACAACUCCUUCUCAGGUGAGAUUCCAAAGCAAUAUAGCAAGCUAAACCAAAUACAACACCUAGACUUGUCAUCCAAUCUACUGGAAGGAAUGCCUCCGGGUCUACUUUUCUCAUUGCCAAACAUCAGUUACUUGAAUUUGGCAUCAAACAUGCUGAGUGGAUCACUUCCAAAUCAUCUAAACUGUGGAGGCAAGCUUGGUUUUGUUGAUAUAUCUGACAAUCGAUUAGCAGGAGAAGUACCUUCCUGUUUAAGCAAUGAAUCAGCUAAAAGAGUGGUUAAGCUUGGUGGAAAUUGCUUAUCCACUCAGGUACCUAAUCAGCAUGCAGAAUCAUACUGCAGAGAAGUCCACAGGAAGAGGAAGCAAUCUGAAAGCAGAAAUGUAGCAAUAUUGGUGGGCAUUAUUGUAUGCAUAGUUAUCACUAUGGGGCUUCUGGCUUUCGCAUUCCUCAUUGUGUGUAGAAGAUAUUGCCCGCGAGGGCAAUCGGAGCAGCAUUUACUGCAUAAAGCAGUUAAAGAUAACUCAGCAGCAGGGUUCUCUUCAGACAUCUUGACAAACGCACGGUUUAUUUCUGAAGCUGCAAAGUUGGGCUCUCAGGGGCUUCCAGUGUGCCGGCCGUUUGCCUUAGAGGAGUUGAAUGAAGCAACAAACAACUUUGAUAAUUCUGCAUUUAUGGGCGAGGGUUCAUAUGGGAAGCUUUACAAAGGAAGAUUAGAAAAUGGAACCCUGGUUGCGGUAAGGUGCCUACCUCCAUCAAGGAAAUAUUCCAUUCGAAAUCUUAAACUCAGGCUGGAUUUACUUGCAAAGCUUCGUCAUCCGCAUUUGGUUUGCCUUUUGGGGCACUGCAUUGAUGGUGGAGGCCGCGAUGAUUACAGUAUAAACAAAGUGUUUCUCAUAUAUGAAUACGUGCCAAAUGGGAAUUUUCGAAGUCAUCUCUCUGAGAAUACUCCGGGAGAGGUUCUCAAUUGGUCAGAGAGAUUGGCUGUUCUAAUCGGUACGGCGAAGGCUGUGCACUUCUUGCAUACUGGAGUUAUUCCUGGUUUCUUCAACAACAGAUUGAAGACAAACAAUAUCUUGCUAAAUGAGCAUCGAAUUGCAAAGUUGAGUGACUAUGGACUGUCUAUUGUCUCGGAAGAAAUUAACAGUACUGGGGUUAAACAGGGAGACCACGAAUCCAGGCAAAUGAUAAAAUUAGAGGAUGAUGUUUUGAGCUUUGGAUUCAUGAUACUCGAGUCUCUUGUUGGACCUUCAGUAUCUGCUAGAAAAGGAGCAUUUCUACGAGAUGAAUUGGCAUCUUUAAACAGCCCAGAUGGCAGAGGAAGGAUUGUGAACCCAGUAGUGCUGGCGACUUGCUCACAAGAAUCCCUCUCAAUUGUGAUCGCAAUUACAAACAAAUGCAUCUGCUCUGAAUCAUGGAGUCGUCCCUCUUUUGAGGACAUUCUUUGGAACCUUCAGUAUGCAGCUCAAGUCCAGGCAACAGCCGAUAAUGAACCUAGAAUUUGAUGGCGGCGAGCACAUUUUUGUAUAUCUCUGGAGCUGCCUUUUUGAUUAGUUUGCUGAUAAAGCAUACUUUUGAGGAUAUUUACUACUCAUAAAUUUGUGCUUCAAUUUGGGAUCUAUUAUCAUUUUACUUU